GACAUCCAGAUGUCCAUGCUCGAGACCCUGUUCGGCUCAGGCUACCAGAUGGAGCAGCUUUUCGUGGACCCUGCCGACCUGGGGCACACGGCGGUUGCCCGUCACCGGACGUACAUCUACAUUUGGCCCAAGCACCUGACAGAGUACCUCCACGAUGUGCAUGAGUUGUAUGCAAAGAUUUCACAGAAGAUUGGCAAAGUCGUUCGCACCCGUGCUAGCGACUACAUGGUCACGGGCGUUUUCCCGCGGAUGCUGCAGGAGCUGGAGCUCUGCUACCGCCGCAGCAUCGGAUACCGCAAGGACUCCAACGGCAGCAUGCGCUACCUCUUGACACCUCGAGAGGAGGAGACACUGCGGUCUCUGGACACAAGCUACAUCGAGCGAUUUGGGCGGCAUCCUGCCAGUGAUGCGGAUCUGUUUUACUGCCUAGGAGACAAUGCCAGCUUUUCCAAGACAUGGUCGGCAGUGUCUGGCAAGCUGCCAACCUUUCGCCGGUCGGGGGGGGUCAUGCUCCAGCGCUCCACUGAAACAGUGAUGUCCGGAUGUGACAAGCUAGCUGCUCUCGGGUGGCCGGUCACGCCGGAGCAGGCUCUCAACAUGGGCUGCUCCCAGAUGCCGUGCAGAGACCCGAGACGGGCUGACCAAGUGGCCGGAAAUGCUAUGCAUCUUUCGAACGCAGCGCUCAUUUUGCUGCUGGGUUUAGCUUGCUUCGGCCCG